AUGAGGGAAGCGACACAUAUCAUCCGUCGAGUACACGAGCGGCGGGUAUUAGUUGCUGAUAUCGCGACGCGAAAUUUCCUGCUCGAGGAGGAUCUCUCUCUUCGGAUGUGCGAUUUCACCGAAUCUAUCAUUGUUUCGAAUGAUGAGAACAUGGCCGACUUCGUAUCCGAAGAGUGCGUUUCAGCCAAGUCCGACAUUGCGCGCUUCGGCUCGAUGUACGAGGUCAUCUCCGGAAGCCGCUGUCAAUUCUACAUUAUACCCGAAAUCGAGUCCGAUCUGGAUGACGAUCCAGAGACUAAAGCAUUCAAGGCCUGGCCUACGGCUGACAAGCUCCCAAGUACAAAUUAUGUGUUCUUGGGGGAUAUCAUUAGGAGGAUUUCUUACGAUGCAGGAAGUUUGUCACGCCUUGGAUAA